GAAAUCAUUUAGUAAACAUCACAAGAAUGGCUGCAUAUAAAAUUUUGGCCAUAUUUAUGGUCUUAUUCUUGGUUCAAAGCUCUUUGGCCAAGCCCCUGGAUGAUUCUUCCAAUUUAUUUGACUCUUCCGAAGAGGAAAUAAGAAAGAAUCCAACAGCUGCACAAAAACUUCUACUCUUUGCAAUUGAUAAUUUCUUAGCCAUAGGCAAACAAUACAGCGCGAAUGCUGUCAAUGUCAGCCGCAAUAUUCUACAAGACGAAUCCAUGGUGGCCAAUGAUAAACCGGAAGUUCUAGAGUUCAAAAAGAAUCUAACCAUGUUUGUGGAAAAGUAUGAAGCCAACAAAAAACCCCUUCAAUGGUGGGAUAUUAUUGAAAUUUAUACAGACACCACCGACAAAUAUUCCCAUAUACCUGAGGAAAAAGUUACCCCAGAAUCUACAUUUAUAGUGGAGAUCUUAAAGAAAUACAAUAGCGAUAAGAUGGCCCUGGAAAUAGCUCCAAAAUUUAAAAUCUUUAUAGACGAUUUCGAGAAGAUGUUUGAAGAGAAUAAAGCGGAAUUGGACAAGGACAUGUUGGAGUGGUAUGAGAAGUACAGUCAUUUUACUGAUAUGGAGCAAAAAAUAGAUGCUUUUAGUGGUUUUAUUGAUAUGGCCUAAAAAGUGUACAACAAUUAAAUUAAAUAAAACCUAUAGAACAAA